AUUAGUCAAAGUUGUCAGUGAAAAUGUCAUAAUUGAUCUUCCUAAAAAAUUUUUGGCUAUUUCCAAAUUCGAAGUACCCGUUUUGGUCUAAAUUAAUUAUGCAGUAUGGUCUAAAAAUGUACGGAGAUUGCAAAACUCAUUACGUUUGUGGAGACUGUAAAAAUCCAAUGGUCAAAAGUAUUACCAAAGUGCAAAAAUGGAUGAAUUCUUGUGAAGAAGCGGAAUGUGUUCAUCGAUCAUUUAAAAGCUCAAGUCAAAGCUCGACUGCGAAUAAGAAACGCAAUAAAAGCAAAAGCAAAAUAUCACUUGUGUCUGACAAAAACAAAAAAUCAGUAUCCUUUAUUGAUAACUGUCCAGGAAAAAUAUUAAGAUCUGCAUCCAUGAUUCAACCACGUACAGCAAGCAAAGAUUUUCCAGUUCAUUCGAGACAAACACCAAACUUUCCAGUCCAAACAACAACUCAUAUUAUUUCCAAACCACCACCAUCCAAUAAUCCUGUUAGAACAUGUUCAUGUGUUUCGAACAUGAUUGCAAACAAAGAGAAUUUUUUAGGAUCCCAUAAUAAUUUACAGUGCUCAUGUCCUAAUCCAAUACAACAGGUAAAUCAUCGUGUUAGCAACACAAGACUCCUAAUAUCUGGAUUAAAAACUGAAUUAAAUAAAGUAAAAUCCCAGUUGGCCGAUAUCACCGUAACGAAUAAAACUUUAAGUGGACCAGCUAACCUACUAAAUACGAUAGAAGCAGAGAAAAUAAUUUCACAAUUAAAACUACAAAAUGUACAAUUAAAGAAAGAAUUAAAUGAUAAGCAAAAAGAAUUAGCCUUAUCCAUAAAAGAGGUUGAAAGGGCCAAAGAGGUACUAAGUGAAUACGAACAGAAAGUAAGAGCACUACACGAACAAGCACUAAGGUCUUCAAAAUUAAUAAAACAAAAUAAAGAUGAAUUUUGUAAGUGUUUGCAGGAGAAAGAAGCAGAGGUAAAAAAGUUACAAGAAAGUAAUGAGAGUUUACUUCGAAGCAUUAGAGAAAGUGAAGUGACAUAUAAAGAAAUGAGUAACGAAUACGAAAAUUUAAGAAUCACUUUUAAUGAAGAAACUACAAAGUUGUCAGCACUUACAGAGGAUAGUAAGAAUUUUUGUGAAUGUAUAAAAAUUCUAGAGAAGCAACUAGAGAAUGCUCGAAAAGAAACAGAAGUGUACAAGGAAGAGGUAAAGAGUCUGGAACAGCAUAUGUUGAAUUUUGAGUGUGAACUUUGUCAAAAGCUUAAAAUGAAGGCGAGAAAGCAUAAGUUAAAAAUUAAUAAUAAAAUUAAAGAACACGAUGAAAAAGAACAAGCCAUGAUGUGUACGAUAACUCAACUGUCAAAUGAGUUGGAAGUUACGAAACAGAUUAAAAUUUCGCAUGAAAAAUUACAGAAUAAAUAUCAUGACUUAGAAAAGCAAAUGAAAACGCAAGAAGAGGAUCUUUAUAAAUAUAGAGUUUUGAGAGAAAAAUACCAGGAAGAGUUUGCAAGGUUUCGCCAAAAUGAAGAAAAUUAUGAAAAAGAUAGGCAACAACUUAGAAAUUUAGUAGAAGAAUUAACUGCUGUUAUAAAGCAGAAUAAGGUAACUCUCCAACAGCUAACUGCAAUAAACAAGCACCAAGAACAACUACUUCUAUCUCAGACAUCCAUUAUAAGUGAAAAAGAUGGCAAAAUUAAAUUGGCCAAUAGCGAAAUUGAAAUUCUAAGAAAACAGAGCUUGGAACUUCAAGAAGAAAUUAGUGUUCUAAAGAAGACUUUAUUAGAACCCUGCAAACAUGAAUCGCAUAUGCAGCUGAUUGAAGAAUUGCAAAAUAUACGCAUGAAGCUAAACGAAGAAAUCGAGAAGAGGUUAAUAAAAGAAAAGAUAAUCGACGAUCAAGCCAAUACAAUAAUGCAAUUACAGCACCAGAUAAAAGAGAAAAUUAUGGAAUUGAACCACUCUAAACAAGAAAUUGUGGCUGCAGAAAAAGAAAUCGUUGGUAUUAACGAGGACUUGAUAAAUACUCAACUGGAGUUAAAGGAACAAUACGUUAAAAAAGAACUACUACAACGAAGACUAAAAGAAUUAAAAAAUCAAAACUAUACUCUAAAUGGAGAAAUAUCCCAACUGGAGCUUUUAGUUGAAGAAACGGUGGGUACAGAAAAGCAAGCAAUGAUUGAAAGUUUACAACAACAGAUAAAAGAUAUACAAGACGAAUGCGAAUGCGAAAAACUUAAAGUUUGCAGCGAAAAAGAAAAAGCUGUAGAAGCAGCUCAAUUUGCUACUCAAAAACUAUUAGAUACAGUCAACGAUUUUCAGAGACAAGUAAGUGCUCAGAAGAAAGUCCAAUAUUUGCUAACUAAGAUGCUUCAUGACAAAGAAGAAGAUCUAAAAAAUGUUCAUAGUAGAUUACAUUCCAUUAACUCAUUGACUCUUCAUUUAGAUCAAGAUUGUCCAAUUGAUGAAAUAUUUAAAAAUAACAAUUUAAAUUUUUCUGAGCCUAAUACGGCUUGUUCUUAUAUUUCUUCAUGUUCGUAUUGUUCUAAGGAACCUGGAAGAUGUAGAAAACCUCAGACGAUACGAAGGCCACAGUUUUAUGAUGUCCAAUGUACAGACGAAGAACCAAUCAAAGAUUAAAAGUGUGUAUUAAGUUAUGGAACAAAAAAGCACAAUAAAUUUGAUCUAAAAGUGAUUAAAAAUAUAACUAACUAAUUAGGCAUAGGUAUUGAAACAAAAGUUUUGUGAUUGUAAUAUUGCUCGUAUAGAUACCACAGUUUUAUUGUAAACAGUUUUGUUAUUUACAUUUUGUAGGUAUACUUCCACAUGAAUAUGGACAUUAAAAAUUUUAUUAUCGU